CUCCAGUGAAGCAAGGUACUGCCUGCGAUCCUCUCUGCUUCCCAGUUAGCAUCUCUGAUCCGAGCAUCAUGUCUCUCUACUCCGCCAAGGUGUACGGCACACCCUCCCUCUCUGCCCCAAAGACCCUCAGCGUUUAUGGGGGAGCCGGGGGCAAAGGGACCCGCAUUUCCUCCUCGAAGGCGGCGCCUCUCUCCCGCGGCUUCAACCUGGCAGACGGCCUCGACCUGCACGUGUCCGCCAAUGAGAAGGCCACCAUGCAGAACCUGAAUGACCGCCUGGCCUCCUACCUGGAGAAGGUGCGCUCCCUGGAGACGGAAAAUGCCAAGCUGGAGAAGCAGAUCCGGGAGUGGUACGAGAAUCGCACGGUGGUCACCCGAGACCUGGAUCCGUACUUCGCCACCAUUGAGGACCUGAAGCGUAAGAUUCUCUUGGCUACUAAGGCCAAUUCUAAGGUUAUGCUGGACAUUGAUAAUGCCAAGCUUGCUGCCGAUGACUUCAAGAUGAAGUUUGACAACGAGCGCGCCAUGAGACUGGCAGUGGAGGCAGACAUCGCAGGCCUUAGGAAACUUCUGGAUGACCUGAACUUGAACAGAUCAGACCUGGAGAUGCAGUAUGAAGCACUGACUGAGGAGCGGAUCACCUUGAAGAAGAACCAUGAAGAGGACUUGAUUCUGAUGCGGACACAGAUUGGAGGGCAGGUGAAUGUGGAGGUGGAUGCAGCGCCCUCUAUGGACCUGAACCAGGCCAUGACAGAAAUACGAGAGCACUAUGAGGGCGUGGCAGCCAAGAACCGCAAAGACCUGGAAGUGUGGUAUCAGAGCAAGGUCGUGCCCGUUGAGAAAGAAGUUAUUCAGCAGAACGAGAGCCUGUUGAUCAGCCGCACGGAGCUGAAGGACCUGAAGAGCACCGUUCAGAGACUCAAGAUCGAACUGCAGUCCCACUACAGCAUGAAAGAAUCGUUGGAGGGAACCUUGAUAGAUACACAGAACCGCUACGCGAAUCAGCUGGCUACCCUACAGAGAACCGUCUCUGGCCUGGAGGACCAGCUUACGCAGAUCCAUGCCAACAUUGCCAGCAACAAACUGGACUACGACCAGCUCUUGGACCUCAAGACCCGACUGGAGAUGGAGAUCAGCGAGUACAGGAGGCUGCUGGAUGGGGAAGAAAGCACAACUCAAGUCGUAACCAAGGUGAUCACUGUGGUGGAAACGGUUGUGGACGGGAAGGUUGUCGGAAGCUCCAGAACUGUUGACGUUGAUGUUGACACUGAGGAUUAGUAAUAAAAAAAAUGCAUUCCCUGGGCAGUGUGAAAUCUCAUGUUUGGAGAAUUUCGUGAAUCUCUUUCAAAGUCUGGUUCGUUUUUCGUUUUGCUUUUCAUCCCAAUCUCUCACAAAAGUUCAUCAUAAUAUCAAUUACCAGCACAGCCCUAGUUGCAAGUUGCAAAAGUACUCCUUUGUGUUGUUUGGUUUAGCCUACUGAUGGCCACAGUACUGUUUUUUGCAAGAAACUUUAUGACAAAAUUAUGGCAAAACUAUGUUCUAGCCCUGUCCAAAUGUUGGGAAAUAAAGAUAAUUCUUCCUUUA